GAACAGCCCCCACCUUUUUUUUUCAAGCUACGGCUCAGUCAAGUCAGGCAGCUGCAGUCCGGAGUCGCACUCUCAACCUCUGAAUGUGUUGGAGCAGCUGAAGACAACAAACUGCAGUUUUUGUGAAGAUCCAGAGUCAAAAAUCAACAUGCCAAUCGUCCUGCAAUCCAGCUCCCUUCUGUGGACCCGCCUGGCGGCGCUGGUCUUCACCUGCAUCUCCUUCUCCGUUGCUGUCCACGGGGCCAGAAUGGACCGCGGUGUCGGUGACUGGUGCAUCUUCUGUUGGGCAUUUAGCUUUGCUGGAACUCUCCUCGUCCUCCUGGUGGAGCUGUUCGGCCUGCAGACCAGAGCCCCCGUGUCCUGGAAGAACUUCCCCAUUACCUUCGCCUGCUUCGCUGCCCUGCUCUGCCUGUCAGCCUCCAUCAUCUUCCCACUGUACUACCUCAAGGGCUCCAUGGGACCUAGCGAAGUCCGCGACUUCCGCAUCGUCUCCACCGUCUUCUCCUGCCUGGCCACCGUCGCCUACAUGGUCGAGGUCAGCAUCAGCAAGGCACGCCCGGGUGAGGUCGCUGGCUACAUGGCCACGGCUCCCGGCCUCCUCAAAGUCUGCGAGACCUUCAUCGCCUGCGUCAUCUUCGUCUUCAUCAGCGACAACAAUCUGUACGACCGUCACGACGCCCUCAGAUACUGCCUGGCAGUGUACUGCAUCUGCUUCAUCCUGUCCGCCAUCAUCAUCAUCGUGUGCGUCGGCGAGUGCACUGGCUGCCUGCCGUUCCCGUUCGCCCGCUUCCUCUCCUCCUACGCCCUCCUGGCCGUGGUCCUGUACCUGUCAGCGACCAUCAUCUGGCCCAUUUUCAGCUUUGACCCCAAGCACGGCGGUUCAAAACAGAGGCCCCCCAACUGCAGCAGCUACGUGGGACUGUGCGUGUGGGACAAGUACGUGGCCAUCGCCGUGCUCACCGCCGCCAACUUCAUCCUCUACCUGGCCGACCUGAUCUACUCCGCACGCCUGGUGUUUGUCAGCGCCUGAGAGGAGAAAACAGAGAGAUGUCAGGCAGCGGUUUGAUCCACGGUGAUUUAAAUUUGGCGCAUUCUUUUUCAACUGUUAGAAUUUAGACGGCUUUUAUGUUUCGCUCUUGGACGUAUUAAGUCCACAUGCAUGUCUACAUGCCAAACAGUUUCGGGAGCUGUUUUUCACACCCUGAAUUCUAAGCACUAAAAUGCUUUUAUUUGGAACAAACAAUUCAUUUGAAUUGAAAUGGAGGAGGACAAAACUUACAUUUUAAGCUUCUGUGAGGACAACAAAAAAAGGAAAUGUGAGGACGACAUCAUUUUCACAUGCAAUGUAUUUUUUACAUCUAUUUUUACAGUCUAUUAAGUUAGCUUGAGGUCAGAUAAUGCACAAUAGGACUCAAUAUUUCUCAUUAUAUGAACAUGCUAUUUGAAGCAUAGACGCUUCUACUGCCACGAUUACAUGUUCUUACAUUUACAAAGGCAAUACAUCAGGAUUUUUCUGUCUGUUUUUAUGGCAUAUCAAAGUAGCACAGUGAUAGCUAACAAUGCUAACACUCUAAGCAUCCAUUUGAAUGAACAACAAACAGAUUAAUAACAAAUGGAGCUAUAUCACUGCCAGAAUAUGACAUUAUGGAUAUCAUAUUAUGAGCCGACCUGAUAAAACUAUUUGCCUCAGACCAGCAGAGGCAAUUAUUAAGCAGGUUAGGUAGGCAAGUUAGCCACAUUAGCGUCAAAGCUAUUGCUUUUAAAAGCAAAUGAAAAAAUACCUUGUCCUUAAUUUUACAGUUGAGAAUGUGCUUCAUUUGAUUCAGUGUGAAUGAGACCUCCUGCGUGAGGAUAGAAACCAAAUAUCAAGGAAAGUCAGUGUUAAUAUUCCGAUCAUUUCUGAUGCGUAAAAACGCGACACACAUGAGCUGGAACACGCUGUUGGGUCAUACGGUCAGAAACCUUCCGUGAUCACUUGCCGAAGGGCGGAAAGUGCAUGCAAACAUAAAGCAUGGCGAUGACACAAACCGUCUAUAUUUUGUUGAAUAUAUUCUGCCAAGCAGCUUCAACUAAUAUUAAAUCCGGCCGCCUCGCUUUUCAAAAGAAUUUAGCAAAUUGUGUAAUGACUUCAAACAAACUGUCUCCUGACUUGUUGCAGCUAACCAGUUUUGUAUUUCUCCAAACAGGUCCCACAUUUUAAUACUUGAAGUACAAUAUACAGCUUCUGCUCCUGUAAAAGAAGUAUAUAUAUAAAUGUGUGUGUGUAUAUUUGCAAGCUACAAUCAACUGAAAGAAUAUAUUAGAGCACUUGGUUUAAAUACUGUAGCUCCCUGAAUGAUCUGCUGACAUCUUUGUUUUGGACUACUGUUGAGACCAAAUGAAAAGUAGAAACGACACACAAGACACUUUUUGUAUUCCACAGUUCGACCACACGUCAGUGUUGUUGGAGCAUGUAAUCCAGUAUUUGAAUAAAGCCACACA